AUGUCUGUUGGUUUCUCAAUAUCCUGGUCUGGUCCCAGUGUGGCUAAAUUACAACAAAAAGAUAAUUCACCUCUUCCAUUUAUAUUAACGGAAACACAGGUUUCUUUAGUGGCAUCGUUAAUUUACGCAGGAGCUCUACCAGGUCCAUAUUUAAUGGGAUGGUUGUCAAACACAAAAGGUCGAAAACCAUGCGUCUUGCUUGGUGGCGCGUUCGGUAUUAUAGGUUACACGCUACUGGCGUUGGCUAAUACUGUGAUGAUGCUUUACUUCGCUAGAAUGAUAAUAGGUUUAGGAGUCGGCUGUCUCGUUGUAAUGAUCUUGGUAUACGUUGGAGAAAUAGCAUCUACGGGUAUAAGAGGUACUCUGUUGACCGUUGUUGGUUUAUUUACAACUAGUGGAUCAAUAGCACUAUAUUCUAAUGCAUCAUUUCUAUCUUACUAUGAAACAGCCUAUGCCGGACUAGCACUAUUCACAAUGUUUACUCUAUGCGCAUUGAUGAUACCUGAAAGUCCAAUUUAUCAUGUGUUGAAAGGGAACGAAGAGGCUCUUAAAAAUGUAUUACAAGAACUUGGUAGAUCUGGAGAUAUAAACGAAGUAAUUUCAUCAAAGAAUGAAUUUAGUGUUACUAGCAAUAAACAAGACUGGAAAGAUUUAGUUACUUUACGAAGCAAUCGAAGAUCUUUAUUCUUAUCUUUAACAAUUAAUGUUUUACAAGCAAGUAGCGGUGUGUUGGCUGUGGUAUUUUUUUCAUCAAUUAUUUUCGAAAUUGCCGGUUCCCCAUUGAAUGGAGACGUAGCAAUGAUAAUUAUUUUAUGCUUACAAUUGCUUGGAACCGGAUUGGCUGUCCUGUUAAUAGAGAUACUCGGGAGAAGAGUGGUGCUGUAUGCAUCGAGUUUGAUGUGCUCUUUGGCCAUGGUAGGUAUUGAUACUACUGUGGGUUGCUAA